AUGAAUAUCUUCAGGGUGGUACCGCUGGUGGCGCUCCGCCUCGUGCACGCCGCGCAUUCCUCCUCUCUCGCGGAAAAUCCAAAUCUCAGAGCGAUGACUGUCUCGAUACUAAGCUCGCAGUCCUGGUCAGACUCGACCCUGUCCUUCCCCGGCACCGGUGGGUUCAACGAGUCGACGGAGCGCUGGGAUGUCUAUCAGGCCCCGAGCUUUGCGGUGGCCCUGGCUGUGGGUUCCGAGGAGGAUCUGGUUGCUGCUGUAUGA